GAAUCAUCGGGAGAACAGAGCCGAACAGCGAUCAAAGCGAAUGGAGGAUCCUAUGGUCGUCAAUGGCGAAGUGGAAGACCAGACGGCGGAAGAUUUCUACGACGCUGAUGAAACCAAACUAACCCUACUGGAUUCCAAAAUCAAAUGGCUUGAAAGUCAGAAGUUGGACCUAAGCAACGAUAACAAUGAGUUGAAGGACAGGAUCGAGAAAGUAACUUUGGAAUUUGAUCGACUACGGGACCAGGAAGCAGAGAUGCGGAAAGAAAUGGAUCAGUGGGACGAAGAUAAGAGGGUUCUGGAAUCAGUCACCGCGAGAUCGGCUUCUCUUGAAACCGAGGUUGCCAGGCUUCAACAUGAUCUGAUAACUUCGAUGAGUGAAGUCGACGAAGCGAACAAGGAGUUGAGUCGGUUAAAGGGAGAUUUGGAAGAGAAAGGGGCGUUGAUCGAGAGGUUGGACAGGGAACUCACCGAAUUGAAAAAAGAGAAAGUUGAGGGCGAGCAGAGAGAGAGGGAGUUGGAGAGGAAAUUAGGGGUUUUAGAAGUUGGUGAAACGGAGGAGAGGGGCAAGAGAGUUAGGACCGAAGAGGAAAUGAGGGACAAGGUAAAUGAAUUGCAGAAUAAAGUUAUGGAGCUCGAAGCAGAGUUGGGGAGAACAAGGGUUGAACUGGAGACGACCAAGGAAGAAAAACGAGAAUCCGAGGAGAAGGCCACGGGGUUGCAGAUGAAGUUGCUGGAGGUGCAGGAGGAGGUGGAGAAGAAGACAUCUGAGGGCAUCAAUGGCAAGUCUAGGGAGAUUGAGGGGACUUCUGGGAGCAAAGGGAAAGGUCCCACCGUGACGCCGUUUGUGGCGGCAGGAACGGUUGCUGCUAUUGUCGUUGCGGCUGCUGCGGUGUAUCUUUGCAGUAGGACGCGAUCGUAAAUCGAUGAAGACUGGUGCCCGAUGACGAACGAGGUUAGACUAUUGAUUAUUA